AUGUCGCGACAUCGCAACGUAGGAGGAUUGGUGGCGGAGGCGGAGGAAGAAUUCGACGAUGACUACUACCUUGAAAAUGAUCACGGACAGCUGCUUGAGAUUGGCGCACGGGUAAUGGCUCGAUUCUACGAUGAGGAUGAGUGGUAUCCGGGAUAUGUUGUGGGAAAAACUGGUAGUGGCUACAUGAUCGAGUUUGAGGGAUACGAAGAAGACGGUGCGCAAGAGACGGCUGUAGAAGAUGUGGAGCUUCUUGACCCCUCCAAGACGAGGAUUGUGAGUAACACAGCAUAUCAGAUUCUUGGGGGGCAAGUUGGGGAGAGUGACAUGAAUAGUGCACUUGAGAUGUCGAAUUUCGAUGUUGAAAAAGCUGUCUCUUUGCUUUUGGAUUGGAUUGCACAUGGCAAGCCGGGGGGAGAAUUAGUUUCGCCUGACAAAGCGAGGAAGCAAGCAUCUACGCCUACAGUCCUGAAAGAUCAAGAACUGAAGAAAUCCAGCACCCCCCGCUCAGAGAAACCAACAGUCACACCGAAGAAGGGGAAGAGUGGCGGGAAGAUGACUCCUUCAUCGCAAAAGAAAAAAAACCAAGAAUUUUCUUCAGUUGCGAAUGAGUUGGAUGGGCUUGGAUUAGAGGAGCACGAGCUAGGAGAAACCAAUGCAGGUGAAGUCGACGAAGAAGCUUUUGAUCUCGUACCUGAAGUGGAGUCGGAUGGUCGUGAAACGAUCAGCUUGGUGGUUGUAGGGCAUGUUGAUGCUGGAAAGAGUACCCUCAACGGGCAUCUGCUUUGCCUUCUAGGAUCUGUCGACCAACGCACAAUGCACAAAUAUGAAAAGGAAUCCAAAGCGAUCGGAAAGGGAAGUUUUGCCUUUGCUUGGGUACUUGAUGGGCAUGCAGAGGAACGAGAGAGGGGUGUGACUAUCGAUGUCGGUGUCACUCACUUCAAGACAGAGCACAGGCAUGUGCAGCUGCUUGAUGCACCCGGCCACAAGGAUUUUGUUCCCAGUAUGAUUUCAGGAGCCGCUCAAGCGGAUGCGGCGAUCCUUGUCAUCGAUGGGUCGACGGGAGAGUUUGAAAGUGGCUUCCACUCUGGAGGCCAAACGGUGGAGCAUGCCAUCCUGGUGAGAAGUCUUGGCGUGCAGCAGAUGAUUGUGGCAGUGAACAAACUCGACAAUGUGGAUUAUUCCAAGGAUCGAUAUGAGCAAAUUCAAGACGAACUUUCUCGGUUUCUUGUGAAGGCGGGCUUUCGUGCGAGCGAUGUCUUUUUUAUUCCAUGCAGGUCCAAACCUUUCCGUGGGGAGAAUCUUCUACAACGGAAGGAUGCAAGGCUCACAGCAUGGUACGACGGUCCAACGCUGAUUGAGCUGAUCGACCUCCUACGACCUCCUCCUCGUCCGGUAGACCUUCCUUUGAGGCUCAGCAUCUCCGACGUCUUCAAGACACAAGCGAUGGGAAGCUGUGUGGCUGGGCGAAUCGAGGCAGGUGUGCUCAGCCCAGGGGCUCAGGUUCUACUCCGCCCUGGAGACUUGACAGCCAACGUGCGAAGUGUGCAGCGUCAUGGGAACAAAGUUGCGACGGCAAAGGCGGGAGAUAGUGUGACUGUCGCGUUGACGUCCAUCGACUUCGAUCAAGUGCAAGUUGGAGCCUUUCUCUGCCCUCCUGAAGCUCCAAUUCCCCUGUCAUCCUCGUUUCUUGCACAGAUUCUCCUCUUUGACAUUCAAGAACCAGUUACACUAGGAUACCAGGCCACCAUGUAUUUGCAGAGUACGAAUGAGCCUGUCGUUGUUUCGAAGAUGCUUUGCACCGUCAAGAAGAGCACGGGAGAGGUGCUCAAGAAGAGGCCUCGUGCGCUUCCCAAGCAUACGACAGCCGUCGUUCAGCUGACGUGCAAUCGACCAAUAUGUGUCGAGACUUUUAAUGAUUACAAGCAGCUGGGCAGAUUCACGUUGCGGGAAAGUGGAAACACGAUUGCAGCAGGGACUAUCAUGAAAAUUGUGUCCUAA